CCAAGUCUUCUUCUAAAUCCUUGCAUCUGGUAUUGAGCUUUGAAAACGUGUUUAUGCGCUGCUGGUCCUCCCAGUCAACCUCUGGAGCAUCCGUCUCCUCCUCUGCAGGCGUUAACUUUGGAUAGAUGGAUAAGGUGUCUGACUCUGUAGCUCAUGAAUGAGGUUUACUGCACCAUACGCAUCUCGAAUUUCCAGGAACCGUCAAACUGAUGCACAGCCACCGUAUCCCUAAGAUUUCCUGCGCUUGUUUCUCCUUCCUCCUGUUGAUACAUAGGGGCCAGCGACCUGCCCCUCCCUUAUCCUCAGUGCCUUCCAUCCUGUCGGAUGGCAUCUCAUGGCAUCUCUCUUUCAGCCUUGGUCUCUCUGCUGCGCAAAGCCGCUACCGGCUCAACUUCGUUAGACCGUCUAAAAAAUAUUCUGUCCAUCUACGUGGCAGUGGUGUACAGCUGCAGGGCCUACAGACACGUACUCGCUAGGGGUGCGCGAGAGUCGGUCAAUGAUGUAUGGUUAACACUGGUCCGAUUCUUUGUAUCACUGGCAAUGCGCUUUCCGUCUGUCCGGAAGAAAAUCGAAACAGAAAUGGGAAAGGCAAGGAGCGAAAUCGAAGCCAAACUGGUGCCUUCAGGUCCUUCUGUGACACGACACCUGGCGCUACCGGCGGUUGGUCGAUCCCUUGAGUGGAUUGUUGCCGAAAUGAAUAGUAUGGACGAGGAGUCGGUUACCAAGACAGAUUGGAAAGAUGGGAGAGUGUCUGGUGCAGUGUAUCAUGGUGGCGAAGACCUUGAGAAAGUCAUCACCACUACUAUGAGCAAGUAUAUUUUUAGCAACCCUUUGCACCCUGAUGUUUUCCCAGCGAUUAGGAAAAUGGAAGCUGAAGUCGUUUCCAUGUGUCUUCGAAUAUACAAUAAUCCAAAUGGGGCUGGUACGACAACAUCAGGAGGCACCGAAUCGAUCCUUAUGUCCGUCAAGACACAUCGGGACUGGGCUCGGAGCGUCAAACGCGUAACUGAACCUGAAAUGGUUGUUCCGAGCACUGCCCAUGCAGCGUUCUGGAAGGCUGCGCACUUCUUAGGGGUCAAGAUUCAUCGCAUCCCGGUUGAUCCUAUCACCAGAAAAGUUGAUUUGCGCAGGGUCCAUCGAGCAAUAAAUUCGAAUACUAUCAUGCUCGUCGGGUCUGCUGUAAAUUUUCCGGACGGGAACAUGGAUGACAUUGUCGCUUUGGGUGCCCUCGCGAAACGCGGCAAUGUAGGUCUUCAUGUGGAUUGCUGCCUAGGAUCGUUCAUUGUUCCAUUCCUUGAAGAGGCAGGGUUCCAAAUGGACUUAUUCGACUUCAGGGUAGAGGGCGUCACCGCUAUUUCUUGUGAUACGCACAAGUACGGGUUCGCCCCUAAAGGCUCUUCUGUCAUCAUGUACCGAAAUGCGGAGUUGCGACGUUAUCAAUACUCGAUUAUGGCUGAUUGGACUGGUGGAGUAUAUGGGACACCUGCUAUUGCCGGUUCACGGCCUGGAGCGAUUCUUGCGGGAACCUGGGCAGCCAUGCAGCAUGUAGGGCAGAGUGGUUACCUCGAAUCCUGUCGCUCUAUUGUCGGCUGCUGUAAAGCGAUCCAACAAAGAAUUAGAGAUGAAAUACCUGAAUUAUUCAUCAUCGGGAAUCCACCAGCUUCGGUGUUCGCGUUUGGGUCCAAAGUGAUGAAUCCACUGGCUGUCGGAGAUGCUAUGUCCAAGAGGGGCUGGCAUCUAAAUGCGCUGGGAGAUGGUAUUGGAGUGCACCUGGCAUGCACUCGCCUCACAGUGCCUAAUCAAGAGCAGUUCAUUGCGGAUUUGAAAGAUGCCGUGGCCGAAGUCAAGGUCUCACCAGCACAGGGGGGGACCAUGGUUGCAGUUUAUGGGCUAGGGAGUUCAACGGUUGUAGGACCUAAUAUGGUUACGGAACUGGCUAGCUCAUUCCUGGAUGUGAUGUACAAAGCCUAGGUGACAUGACGCGAUCGCGGCCCCUUUGUUCCUGGCUACCGAAUGUGUGCAACACCAGCGCCCUUCUGCACCGCGUGGCAUCAGCUCCACAUUGGUCAAAUUUCCUCUACUCAGCUGAUUCCAUAGGCUCCACUUUCCCAGAAUAUAAGAAUUGUUGCCUUUUCCUUUUUCUUACGGGUCCUGGCAUUUCAUUCUUCGCAGCCUGGUUGUAGGUGACUGCUACGAUACACGUGGAUUCUUGUGUAAAUCCCGUUCUCCUUCGAACUGAAUUGGUGAAGGUAUCAAUUUUAAUCGCCAUUCUGGCCUCGGCGUCGG